AUGGCCAAAGUGGGCGGCGCAGAAGAAAUACCAGAUGGAACAAACGCUCGGGUUGGGAUGUUCUCGGCAAGGUUUGACCGCGGCCCCACCGAGACCUUAUUCCGAGGAGUUUACCAGAUUCUGAAAGAGAAGAAUUACCCGGUGCUCAUGGUGGACGCAGCGGCAAGCAAAAAUUUCGGAGAAAUGACAGCAGCGUACCUCGGCAAACUCGAAGACGAAAAGGGAGUUUUGCUUGCGGUGUGCACCCCACAUUACGCCGAGAAGACCGACUCCCGGUAUUCCUCUUACGAGGAGCUCCGUGUCGCCCAUGAGAACGGGCUCGACAUUCUCCCCCUCCGAGUCUGCGAUGACCCCUGGCCCCCGAAACCCCCCUCCGGCCCAGAGCACCAGUACGACAAGAUGGGAGCUGGCGCCGGGCUUCUCAAGCUGGCGAUUGGAAAGGCCACCGUUUACGUAGAUUGCAGGGGCAAAGACGCGAACUACAUCGCUGCCCAGAUUGCCGAGACGCUUCUUCCAGGCGGCCGUCGCCCAUCAGGGCAUGGAAAGGCGGAAGCUUCCACCACCGUCGCUCCUGAGGGCGCGGCCUCUCACGCCUCACCGAGCACCGCCAAAGCAGCUUCGCCCAAGGAUGCCGAGGCUGCAGGCUUUCUCCCGUCACCACCUACCGCAGCAUCCACUGGGCCGGAAGCCAAGGGUGCGGAUCCUGGCGCCUCGUCAUCGACCCCGCAAGGGCCCAUCGCCGCAGCGCUGCGGAAAGGCAUGGCCGGCGGCAGCAAGGACCUUGCGGCGUCUGUUGCGGAUGCAGCAGCAACAGCAGAACCGAAGGCCCAGGGCCCCGGUGAAGAAGCCAAGGCCCUGGUCCCGAGCGCUUCGCCCAGCCCCGCAGAUGUCAAAGAAGCCGAGGCAUUUUGGAAUCUGGGCGUAAAAGGCGGGGGCGAGCGCAACGGCCAGAGCUACUCACAGAAGGCCUGCUUCGUGAAGGCCUUGGAGCUCAACGAGAACUUCGCGCUUGUGUGGAGAAACCUCGGAGUCGUUGGCGGUGGCACCGUGAAGGGCCGACAUUAUGACGCAAAGGCCUGCUAUCGCAAGACUUUGGAGGUGGAUGAGAAGUAUGCGGUUGCGUGGAGCGACCUCGGUUUCGUUGGCGGUGGCACCGUGAAGGGCUGGGAUUAUGAUGCAAAGGCCUGCUACGUGAAGGCUUUGGAGGUGGAUGAAAAGUAUGCGGGGGCGUGGAACAAUCUCGGAAAUACAGGCGGUGGGACCGUGAACGGCCAGGCUUAUAACCGGAAGGCCUGCUACGUGAAGGCUUUGGAGGUGGAUGAAAAGUAUGCGGGGGCGUGGAACAAUCUCGGAAAUACAGGCGGUGGGACCGUGAAGGGCCAGGCUUAUGACGCAAAGGUCGUUAACCGGGGUGCUGCUGCCCUGCAGGAGUGCAUUCUCAAGGCACUGGAGCUCGAUGAGAAGAAUGCUAAUUAUUGGGACAGCCUCGGAGAUCUAGCAGGCGGCGGGACCGUGAAGGGCAGGGCUUAUGACAAGAAGGACUGCUUCGAGAGGGCCCUCGAGCUGAGCGAGAAUCACGUGAACGAGAACGUUUUCUGGCGAAAUCUAGGUAACGCUGGCGGGGGCACCGUCCGCGGCACCCACUACAGCCCUGACGAGUGCAAAGCCAAAGCUAAAGGGAAAUAA